UCUCCGUCGCCAUUAUUUUCGUUAGAGCUAGGACUAUAUAUAAAAGUUACACAAUGGAAAACCAAUAUCGAUAUAUGGAAAGAUCAAGCGACUACUGCGCAGUACACACAGUAUGCUGUUGAUCCAACUGAUCCUGCACUCUCACAAACAAACGGUGUUGCUGAACAAGCACAAAUCGAAGAAGGCACGAAUUCUGAAUCUCUGCCACAACAAUCCGAUCUAGAACGUUACUGGGAUAUUGUCAGGUCUAAUCCUGAUGAUUUCACAUCAUGGGAAUAUUUGAUUCGCGUUGCGGAAACUGCGGAAGGCGGCCUCACAGCACAAUCACCUCCAGAAAAUAUAACAAAUAUGCGUGACGUUUUUGAUCAAUUCUUAGCAAAAUUCCCUUUAUGUUUUGGUUAUUGGAAGAAAUACGCUGAUUUCGAAUUUAACGUUCAGGGGCCAACAGAGGCUGAAAAA